AUGGAAUAUUUUGCUUCAUUUACAGAAAUGCUCAUCGUUGAAAUAAUUCCGGAUGAUGAAAUUUCUGAAUUUAUAAUCAUGCUUAUGAUGUUGUAUAAUAGAUUUUGUUCAAAUUUUAAUUACAAUAUUUUACCAUUGGAUAAUAUAAUUUAUACCAUUGACUGGGCUGUAAUUCAUCUUAUAGAUGUAGUUCGAGAAGAAGGUAUCGGACAUACUAUAAAGAAUACCUUUAUUUAUGACUUUGCAAAAGAUCUUACAUUAAAAUUGGGUACAGUUUUUUUUUUGAUAAUAAUAAAUUACUAUCAAACAUUACUUUUACUUGGCCUAUAA